AUGGCGGCGGUGAAAUCCAGGAUUUAGCCACUGGUUUGUUUUCAUUUAACUACAAUUUCUAAGCAUUCAAUAGAAAUAACCUAUACUUUAUAUAUGCUGGAAUGCACGAAAAGAUGUCUUGAUAUCGGGGAGAAACGUCAGAAUGUUUCAAAGCAGGAAAAAAACUGGCAAUGUCAAUAUAAAAUUUCAACAGAAUAAAGAGAAACUGUUGCAAGAACUAUCUAAAAGAGUAAAAGAGCUACAAAAGCAUGCUUUGAAUUCAGGGAACUUUGACAUAUCAAGGAAUGAUGAUUGUGCCUUGAAUUUGACAUUUAUACUGGAAGGAAUAUUCUUACAUGGCUACCAUCUGUCUUCGGGACCUAGUUUCUUCAGCAAGUCUUCAUCUGGUGCCUUGCCUUCUCCUGAUUUCUGGGAUCUUCUUCACCCAUUUACUCAUAAUGAUGUUCUUCAUCAAUUGACUCAUUUGUCUCAUAUUACUUCAAAUGUUGGAAGAUGCAGAGCUUGGUUGAGAUUAGCUUUAAAUGAUGGUUUGUUGGAGAGUUAUUUUCACGCCAUUCUCUCUGAUAAGAAGAAGAUAAGGAAUCAUUAUGUUCCUAAAGCUUUUCUGAGAGACGAAGAGGCAGUAACAAUAAUGAUGAAUCACUUCUUAGGUUUGCUUGAGUUGAAUUUUGAUCUUAACUACAACACACCAAGUCUAAACACGUGGACUGUACAAUCUCUUCAGCUGGCUGGAAUAUGGGAAUCACCUUCAUCCACAUCUGGAAUAACAGAUCAAAGUCCUCAACCUCUUUUUUUUCCAAAUCCCACCACGCCUACUGAUGUGUUAAAACAAGAGGUUUCGUCCCCAUCAAAGGAAACUCCAAAGAAGGAUAAAUCAACAGUCAAAAAGAUUACAAAAUUACCAGCUGAUAUUACUGAUGUACCUUCAAGUCCUACAACAAGUCCUACUAUUGAGCAGGGCACAUCAGUCAACAAGAUAGAUGAUAUGUCGGUUGUUAUAGUUGAGAAAAAUUUAGAUGACUCUACUCCAGCUGAGGUUCAUGACCUGGCAACACCAAGCAAACAGCCAGGCAGUAACAUGUUGGGGAUGGCCAGUGGCUGGUCUUCAACAUUUGAAGCAGAGCCUGCGUCAAGCCAUUCUCCAACAGACAAUUCUGAGCAAGAACCUGCACAAUCUGAGACAAAAGUAAUAAAACAUGUGACAAGUUUUCAUGGCAUCUUGACUGACUAUGCCAUUGUUGGUGGCAAGAAAUAUGUCUCAGAUGAGAUUGAUGGAUCACCAACUGAUAAGGAUGACUUUGAGGAAAUUGAAAAAUUAGAUUUUCUCCAGGAAAAAUCAUCAGGAUUUGAGGUGAUUGCCGACCCUUCUACACCCAAUGAGGACUUCUUGCAGGAAUAUACUACUGGUUUAUUGUCCUUAGUCAACAAUAUUGCGCGUGAAAAAGGACUGGACAGACAAAAUUAUAAAUGUCAAGGAUGUUCUAGACCAAUUGGCAUGAUUUAUGGUCACUAUAAAGUGUGUUCUUUUGAUGGAAGUUAUUAUUGUUUUGAAUGUCAUCUUGAUGAAGAACAUGUAAUUCCUUCGAAGGUCGUUCACAACUGGGAUCUCUCAAAGUACAGAGUGGCACAACAUGUGAAGCUGUUCUUGAUGCAAAUUGAGGAAGAUCCGCUUUUUCAUAUUGACGAAGUUAAUCCAACGUUGUAUAAUGUUGUCCCAAAACUAACCAAAGCUAAGCAAUUACGUGGACAGCUGCAGCAUAUGAAAGGUUAUAUUACGACAUGUCGAACCAGCAUGGUUGCUGAAGAUGUUAAACGAAGAAUGUGGCCACGAGAAUAUCUCUGGGAUGAUAUACAUCAAUAUUCUCUAUUGGACUUAAUUCAAGUGGACUCUGGUCAAUUACAACAUCAUUUGAAGAAAAUCAUCUCAUUUUGCAAGAAACAUGUUUACGGCUGUGAGGCGUGUAGUCAAAAAGGGUUUAUCUGUGAAAUUUGCAAAGACUCGAAAAUAGUUUAUGCGUUUGAAGUGAAUGACACAGCUCAGUGUCCCAGAUGUAAAGCUGUUUUUCACAAGCAAUGUAAAACUGAACGUCAAUGUCCAAGAUGUUUGAGACGACGCUCACGGCGACAAAUACCCGACGACGCAAUUAGUGGACAUGAACAGACAAAUACUGAUCUCAAUUCUCCAUUUUGAUAAGCAAGUAAAGAUGGUGGCUAGAGUUGGCUAAGUGUAUUAGUUUCGUGUGUCCUCAAAGAUCAUGAAACGAUGUCAGUGUAUUUUCAAAA